AUGGAGGCUCUGUUCGCAAAGCGGAAUGCAGUGCGCAAGGCCAUCACAGAAGCCAUCGCCAACAUUAAACGUCUAGUACACGUGAAGCAUCCGUCAGUUAGUGAAGCUCCUUCUAAGCGCUCCAAUAACGCUUUUCUUGUUGUAUUCCCAUGCCCACAAGUGCUCUUACAACAUGUAAAUGAGUGCUUUGAUGUGUUGAAACUGUUACUGUCGGGGGAUGUGGAGCUUAACCCGGGGCCUACUAAACCUCGACAGGGUGGCACGCAGCUGAUCGAGGAUGGUCAGGCGCGCAUACUCAAUUCCAUCGGAAGCUUAACGUCAAAACACGCUGAACUGAACGCGACGGUCACAAACAUAUCUGAAAGGUUAAGCUCCAUGGAAAACAGGGUUGAAGUUCUGGAAGAGCAUGCUGAAGACAUAACUACAGUAAAAGAAUCUAUUGGCACACUUCAAAACGAAAAUACUUUGUUAAAAGUACGUUUGUCAGACCUGGAAGAUAGAGCGAGAAGGGACAACCUUUUAUUUUUUAAUGUGCCUGAUAACCCCUCGGAAACAUGGGCGGACUCGGAAAAGAAGGUCAAGAAGAUUGUACUUGACCAAAUGUCGAUUAAUCUUGUCGAUAGCGAUAUCGCGCGUGCGCAUAGAGUUGGCACACUGCAUCGCGACAAAGCUCGACCAAUAAUAGUAAAGUUUGCAAAUUACAAAACAAAAGAAAAAGUACUCAGCGCAAAAACCAAACUUAAAGGAUCAGACAUCACAAUUAGUGAAGACUUCUCGCCAGCUACCCGACAUGCCCGUAAAAUUCUAGUAGACUUUGCGAAACGCUCAGCGCCGGAUGAAAAAUUCAAACACCGCUAUAACAAACUCACUUUAAACAAUAGAUGUUACGAGUAUUGCGAGGCAUCCCACAAGGCUCAGUUUUAG